GCAUUUGUCGCGGAUCGUCGAUGGUGAAUAUGCAUGGGUGAUAUGUAAUGUUUCUAUAUCUAUCUCCGGUGGUGUCACGAAGGAACUUGUGCGCAGAGUCAAGAUAGGAGUAGUGGGAGAUUUUAAGUAGAGUUGCUAUAUAAAUGCACUUCAGUUGCAUGGCAGACAUUGGUCCAGUGAAUACGUUGUUACGACGCGCGAUAGCGUGUAGACAGAUUGGAAUUAACCGGCUCGGUGGCAUUAGAAAUAUGGAAUCGAAGAAAACGUUGGAACCUUCGGACCUGGCAAAAAUCGAAGAGGUAGUCGAUCACCCGGUCAAUUUAUUCCGGAUUUGGCAAAAUGAGGCACGCAGAUACAACGCAACACUUGUGAACGUUUGCUGUUUGUCUACUACUUCGAAAGAUUGUAAGGUGUCUGCUAGGAACGUCGUUCUACGAGAUUUCGAUAACGAUGGUUUUGUAAUUGUAACGGACAGUAGGAGUAAAAAAGUCGAUAAUAUAAACAAUGUUCCGUACGUUUCCAUGUGCUUCGUAUGGUAUCACGUAAACGAACAGCAGCAAAAAAUCAUGAAACAAGUGAGAAUAGAAGGUACCAUGAAGAGAUUAGAGAGAAAAAGUUUCGAGCAUCUCUACGAAAAAGAGCCUCUGUUUUGCAGGAUACGAUCCCAUAUAUGCAAUCAAGGAUGCCAAGUCAAUUGGGAAGAACUCAAGCAAAAACACGAUGAAGUAUUAGACUCGCAUCGUAGAGGGGAAAAUAAUUUACCGAUGCCGGAUCACUUCGUUGGAUAUAAACUGUUUCCGACGAUGAUGGAAUUUUAUUUCGGGCGGGAUUAUUUUAUAGCCGAUCGUCUUUUAUAUCAGAAAAGUGCAUCGGACGAUUCCUGGGAGUAUCAUCAUAUAGCUGCAUAAUACAUUAAAUCGAUGACAAUCACGAUCUUUUUCUAUAUAUUUUGUAAUAAGAUUUUAAAGCAAUUAUUUCAAACAUUA